AUGACUAAAAAAGUUAAAUUUCUAAUUAUAUGGCCUUCGCUAACAGCAAUACGACAUAAUAUGCCAUCACAAUUUCUGAAUUUUAAGAAAUGUGUUGUCAUAAUUGAUUGUACGGAUAUUUUUAUACAGCGCCCAAAUAAUUUAGAAGCUCGAGCUAUCACCUGGUCAAAUUAUAAAAGCACAAAUACUAUUAAGUACCUGAUUGUUGUUAGCCCAGCUGAAGCAAUAACAUUUCUAUCACAUGGUUGGGGAGGAAGAAUUUCUGAUAAAGAAAUUACGAUAAAAUCAGGUUUUUUAGAUUUUGUAGGAUAUGGAGACAGUAUCCUAGCUGAUAGAGAAUUUCUUAUUGAAGAGGAGUUAGCAUUAAAAUGUGCAACAUUGCACAGGCCUUCAUUUACAAAAGGAAAAAAACAGUUAUCUGCUAAGGAAGUUGAGGAGUCUAGAAAAUUGUCUCACUUAAGAAUACACAUCGAACGUGUUAUUGGAAGAUUAAAGAGUUUUAAAAUACUUUCAAGUGUUUUUUCUAUAACACAAGUUGACUUAUUGAAUGAUAUUUUGAUAUCUAUUUGUGCAAUAGUUAAUUUAAACAAAAGUGUUGUUUCUUAA